GAAGGGCUAAAAUUGUAGCCAAAGAUUAACAGUGACAGUUAACUUGUUCCUAUUAAAAGUGAGCAUGGCAGCUGCAACAGAUUUCCAGUUAAAUAAAACGGAAGAAAUCAUGGAAGGAUUCCUGUGCCCUGUGUGUUUGCAGGACCUGACCUCCAUAGCUCAGCUCCAGGUACAUUUUGAAGAAAAGCAUUCUGCAGAAGAUAAAGCCCUUCUAAACUCACUCAAGUCUAUAUUCAGCAAAGCAAGAAAAUUGUUAAAUGACUCAGACACUGAAGAUGACGCUCCUUGUGCUUCUAAGUUGCCUGAGUCAAAAGCUGGUGGGGCCAAAAUCUACUCGAAUAUUUUCUCUCAGAAUUCUGUUCCACCUUGUCUACCAAACUGCAAUGAUCCCUGGAAUUGGCAAAACACUGCAACAGUUCCCCAGAGGUCCCAUACUUCUCUAUUCAAAACAAUCCGUAGUGAUCGCAUUGACACGUAUGUUGCUGAGACCAACAAACUCCUCCUCAGGCUGGAUAAGCUCCUUGCUGAUGCCCCUUCAGAUCCAGUCAAAAGAAAAGCUCAAGAACGCGAGCUUGUGCCGUGGGUUGAUGACGCUUGUGUGCCGCUGUGUCCUGACUGCGGCCGAUCAUUCAGUGCCUUGACCCGUCGGCGCCAUCACUGCCGCCUCUGCGGAGCCAUCAUGUGCAACAAAUGCUCCAUAUUCAUGUCCAUGGCCUUCGCUAAGCAACUGGUCGCACCUGUGCAUGUGGCAACGCUCAUGAGUGGCAGCUCUGCUCAAGGCAAGUCCUCGCCCGGACACUCGCGCGGCAACAGCGGGUCCCGACACGUGCUCGAUGGCAGCGCCGGGUUCAGCCUCAGGAGGUCUGGGUCUCAGGGCAGCCUCAACUCUAUUGCGUCCAUGAUGGAUCAACUAACAGGGGAGCAGCAUUUGCGCGUGUGUCAGCACUGCCACCAGCGCGUUUGUGCCCGGGACCGCGCAGUACAGCAGCGGCAGCAUCAGCCCCUGCUGGCGCUGCUCUACAGGAAGCUCAUGACGGACCGCGCCACCCUCUACAGACUCCUGCCACAGUACCGCACCAUGGCCGCCUCACUCUGGAGCGGUGAGAGCGUGUACAAUCUAAGUGAUGCAUGUGAGCUGCGGCUCAAGGUGCUGCGGCUUGGUGACAGUAUCAACGCCACCGCCCAGAAGAUCAAGACUUUAGGACCUGUUGAAGUUCAACAGUCGCAGCUAAAUGAUCCUGAGAAUCAGCCGCCUCUGGGCCCACGACAGGAACUGCUCCAGAAACGCAUUUACCAAAGUGCUGCAGCAUUCCUCAAGACAAACGUGUUGGGGCUCGAUAAGCUGCCAGACGCGGAGGAGCUUCAACAGCUUCAGACCAAACGAAGGGAGCAAGCGGCGCGGCGUCUUGCUGAAGAACGUAAAGCUGCCGAGCUCGCAGAACUCAGAGCUGAACAAGCACUCAUCAAGCUGAGGCAGCGAGAUGCUGAAGUGAUCACUACAAGAAAUGCUCGCGAUCGCAGUUUAAACUCUUCUGGCUCCUCGGCGCACGAGAGACGGGCGCUGGUGCACAGGCCCUCCCCUGGUGCGUCCGUGGGCGAGGAGGGCUGGGGCGGCGACGCUGACGCGCACGUCGUCACCGCCACGGACGACCCCGUCGUGCAGCAGAUGAACAUCAUCCGUAACUACAUCAAGCAAGCCAGAGAAGCGUGCCGCUAUGAAGAGGUUAGCACUCUGGAGAAGAACUUGAAGGAGCUGCAGGUGGAAUAUCGACGUCUCAACGGCACCACGUAACUCCUGCCACCUGUCAAGCUUCCUGCCUUAUAGUGUCUGUGUCAAUGUUCCAGUUAUCAUGUAAUUUGUGUUACUACGACAUCUUAUCGAAGAAAUUUGCUUUGAUAUUGCAAUCAAUUUUCUUAUCAGUCUUUAAACUGGAUUAUCGGACAGUUACUCCAAAAAUUUACAUAAUUGAAAAUUUAAUCCCAUAUGAAGAAGUCUAUUGAUGGCUCAUUCUAUUUUGGACCUCGACUUGCAUAAGCCGUGGCCCAGCAAGUGUGCAGAGUUGAAGUCAGCAAAAUGAAACUCCCCUGAACUUAAAUUCGAGACAUCCUCCUGUAAAUCAGCUCAACUCGACAAAUGAGUUGAUGGCAGAAGCUGCUGUGUGUAUGAUCUGAUUAUGUAAGGUGUAAUUUUCUUUCAUUUAUUAUGCAAAUAAUUUCUACGCGAAUGAUCAGGUUUCUGCUGAUAUUAUUGUUUCGUCAGCUGAUUUAACUUCGCUGCUUAUCUUGUGCCUGCUUGAGUCGCCAGUACCUAAUUGUUAAGUGUUUAUUCCUCCUUGUUUUCUGGGACCCCUCAGUGAUCACAGUGCAAUAAAUGGUUGCAUUUCAAAAUUCUAGCUUGAAUAUCACACAUCACUCCAAUCAGGACAUUUAUUAAUUUUGAUAUAAUACAUUUGUAAUUUAGCUUAGAUAUGUGUAUAUAUAUAUAUGCUGGUUUUAUAUAUGUGAAGAUCGUUAUUUAUUACAAAUAUUAGUUUUAUGGUAAUAGGGUUUCUCUACCUUGAAUGGCUCAUCUAUAAUUUUCCCCACCCUGAUUAAUGAGUGGUAUACUAUUGAAUGUUUCAAGAGGAAAAAUACGCUACAGAUCUGCAGCUACGUUGAAAUUAGCGCCGCUCGUUGUUACCUAAUAUCGAUAGUAUAGUUUGGCGACUAUCGAUAGUAUAGUUGGCGCAACUUGAAAAAUAGCUGCUAUAUUAUUUCUGUCUGCAGUAACACAUAGAAACUCGUCGUGCAAUUCGUUGAACCAUUCUAAGCUCGAGUAGACGCAAUUGUUCCAAGGUCGUGCGCUAUUUUUGUCACUUAUGUACAACACCUGAGAACGAACGGCCUUUAAUUGCACAGGAACUCGUUAGUCUCCUUCCUUGAGAUGGGCUUCGAUGCUGAACCUAACUGUUUGAGAUGGGCUUCGAUGCUGAACCUAACUGAUAAAGCCUGGUGUAGUGAUACUCACUUGAUGAAGUGUUUUGUACCAAAGAACCCCCCGAAAGAUUUGAUGACAAACCAGUGAUAAGAUGAAUUUAUGCUCAAACUUUCUUCUUCUGUAGUAUGUGUGAGAAUUUUGUUUAUGCUCUAAAAUCUAAAUGAUCGCCUCGCCGUGACGCAGAUACUUGCGUGUUAGUUACAGUUUCGUUUCAACAACAUUGUGUGCGCGAGUCUCAAAAUAGUCCUAUGUUUAUUGUCUCAAAAUCGUCUUAUGUUUAACUUCCGAUAUCUCUAAUAUAGGUUAUUUGACGACUAUCUGAUCACCAAAAGUCUUGCGGAGAUAUUUCCCUAUGAAACAUGGAGCUUAUUUUUUAAUACUCUAAGCGUUUCCUAAGUGAUCUAAUUUUCUCAUACCUAUAUUUUGUUCGAAGUAUCAUUCUACUCGACGUAUUUGUUAUUACCUGUCUCCAAGAUUAUCUCCAAGCAGCUCAUAUGCGAACCAUAUUAUUAAACUUCGUCUUUA